UCAUUUGGUUGUUUUUGAUAUUAGUAGGAUUACUUUUGUUUGGCUUUUGGGAUUAUCGGGAUAUGGGAGUUUUGAGGGUCAUAUUUCGACCUGAGACGAUCUGUUUUGCGUGGAAGCCUUUUGUAUGGCAGCCUUCAACAAGAAAGCUACACUUUCAUCGUGGAGUGUUGCACAAACAAUACAGCACUCGUAAUAACGCGAGUAGUUGGCCCAUAGCUGAUUUCAAGUAUUGUAACAAAUUUCUGUGUACCAGUUCUACUCAGCAUUCACCACCAGAAACAAAGGAAAGACUGGAACAACGAUUCUUGGAGCUAUUGAAGCAAAAGGCUACAAGAAAAGCAUAUGAUAUGGUGCUGAAUUAUAUUUCAACUGGCAAAGAGCUGGAAGAGCAGUCGAAAAGAAGAUUUAUCAAGAAGCUAUCCUCGGCAGGUAGAGCUGAUUUGGGACAUGCGCUUUAUGAAGUUUUUCGAAGUGAAAAAAAUAGCUUGUCGACUGGUGAUCCUACACUUCUGUUAUCUAUAUGGAAAACCGUAGACAGCCAAAAACAUAGGACUCUUAUGGAACAAAUACUGAAGGAGCUGGAAGAUUGGGUUCAAGUUGUUUUGAAAGACAAGUUGACUGAUUCAGUUGAUGAUAAGAAGCUUUCAGUAGUGGUUCAAGUUUGUGUGGAGCUUGCCAAUUAUUAUGUUCAACAUGGAAAUGUCAUACAGUCUCUAGCACACGUUCGUUGUUUAGAACAAGUGAAAGAAUGGGUGAACAUAGCUUCAGUGAAUAAGUUAUUGACAAUCUACAGUAAGGCAAAGUCAUUGGAAGGCCUCUAUGCUACUAUCGAAAUGAAGAAACGUUGCAACGUUGUGUCCGAUUCAGAUACCAAUACUUUACUAGCAGGAGCAUUCAUAAAAGAGAUUCAUUUUGUCACGGGUGCUGUUUCCAUGGAAACCUUACCGAAACCUUUGCCUGAAGUGGCAUUUGUUGGAAAAAGCAAUGUUGGUAAGAGUUCAUUGCUCAAUCUUCUUGUGAACAACUAUUCUAUUGCCUAUACGAGCAAGACUCCGGGUAAAACCCAACAACUAAAUUAUUUUAUUGUGAAUAGAAGCCAAGAAGAUGGAAAGUUUUUCAUGGUUGACCUUCCUGGAUACGGUUAUGCUCGAGUUUCCAAGGAAAUGAGAGAUAAAUGGGUGGAUUGGAUAAGAGACUAUUUAGAACAAAGGAAAUGCUUGCAAGUUUUGUUUCAUUUGAUCGAUGGAACUCAAGGCAUUUGUCAAGAAGAUCGUUACUUUAUUGAAUUUUUGUUGACCACAAAUGUUUUGGAACGUUAUUAUGCGGUAUUGACCAAAAUGGACAAAUGUAACAAGCCAAAACAUGUGGUGGUACAAAAUAUCAAAAGUGAGCUUCUUACUUUAGGUUUUCCUUUCGAAGUAACGGUUAUUCCGACAAGUUUCAAACAAAGAUGGGGUAGUGAAGAUCUUUGGUUGGCUCUUAAGCCUGUGAUAUUGAAAAAUCCUGUCCGUUAAACGACGACACAUUAUUAAGGGCC